AUGGCCAUCAACACUUCGCUCACGGCUUUGGGGAAGGUAGUCCUCGCCCUGGCGUCCGAUCCAAAGGUGGUGAGACAUGUGCCCUACCGGGACUCCAAGCUUACCCGGAUUUUGUCCACAUCCCUCCGCACCCAGGUGUCGAUUCUUGCGACGAUUCAUCCUCGUGUGGAGGACUACGAGGAGUCGUUGAACACCCUCUCCUUUGCCGAUCGCUGCAAGAAUGUGGCAAGGCAACCGCAAGUCAAGUACGUGACGGCUUCCGGCACUCAGAAGGCCAAAAUUGCGGACCUGCAGCGCCAGGUUGCUGAUCUGAAGGAGAAGCUGCGCGAGGUCCAUGCAAGCCGAAAAGCAGCGAAGACGGACGAUGUGGAUGAUGCCAUCGCGCAGGCUUUGGCGCUGGCAGCGGCACCAAGCGGC